UAAAAUUGCAAUGUUUUUUGUUUUUCAAUUGAAAACAAAGUUCAGUGCAUGUUCAGUGAACAUGAACAUUUAUAAAAAUGCAUUUAAAAUGUACCAGUUUUGUUACAAAAGACGUGUUUCCGUAUUUAACAGACAAUAUAAAUGUUUUGCUUGUGAGCUAGGAAACAGAAAAUAUAUGAUUAGGACACCGAAUAAAGUUAAAAGAACCCAUAAUUUUAAUAGUAAAAAAAUGUCCAGCGACAUUUCCUCAGCAGAUUAUAAUAUAGAUCAAGAAGCAACAACUGACCUUUAUCCCUAUUUAGAAACUGAAUCUGAUCCUCAAAGAGAAUCUUUGUGGAACUAUUUGUUUUUAGAUAACACAGACGACAAAACGAUUAUUUUAAAGAAGUGUGCUUCGGUCGAAGAAGUAUUCAAUUUUUUUAAGGAGCACUCUGACAAUAUUAGUGACAAGCAUAUCUCACAAAUUAUAUUAAAGCUGAGUGAUCUACAGACUUUAUUUUUUUAUCAUAUGGAUGAUGAGACUGCAAGGAGGGAAGAUUUUUUUAAAAAACUUCAAGAAUAUAGAGAGUUCUCUGCAAUUUUAAGUAUAUUAAACGAUAAAAUAAGUUCAUAUGAUCCCUUUCUCUUAAGUUAUGUUAUAUUACACUUGCAUAAAUUAGGAGUGCCUACAGAGAGCUAUCUAAUUCAACACAUUGCAGUUCAACUAACAAGACAUCUUUUAAAAGAGUUUACAUUAGAAAUGACUGCUAAUUUAUUUAAAGUUAUUUUCAAGGACCAUAGUGUACGUCCGUAUAACAUUGUUAAAGAUCUAAUUCCCACAGUUUUACAGCAAAUAGAGAAAGUUGACAACGUAACUGAUUUAGAAUAUGUAACAAUAUGUUUAAACAGAAUGUUUCAAGUUCUAACAAAUGAUGUAUUAGACAGAUUAGAAACAAAAGUCGUGGAAUUAAUUGAACAAAAAGUAUUAAAAAAUAGUGACAGUCAUACCAUAUUGAAAAUUAUUUUAUUAUUCAAUUAUCCCGCAUGGAGAACUAGAAAUACCAGAUUUAUAUCUAAAUGUAUUUUAUUUAUGGAGGAUUAUAUAGAGUUGCUAAAUUUUACAGAAAUGGAAUUCCUACAUGAUGUAUUAAUAAGCAACCAGGAACCAGGCGAUGCACUGAAUACGAUCCAACGUUGUUCAGCCAAACACAUCCAACAACUAGAAGACUCACAAAGCCACAGAGAAACGCGACUGAAACUGUUCUGUUGCCUGAUAUACUUUUCCUCUCCAGCCAGCAUCGUUCAGUUCCGAAAACACAUCACAAAAUACCUAAACGACAAAGAAAACUUAGAAAGCCUAACUUUGCUCAGAAAGAUUUUCUCGUACCUGAAAGUAUCCGAUAAAAAAAUGUACGAAUUUUACUGGGACAGCAGUUGCCAAGUGCUGAAAGAAUCCAGAAACAUCCAAACUAUGUUGAAACUGAUGGACAAUUACAAUAAUUUCGUUUAUUCCAAUUCGAAAUCCCGCCAUUUUGCUUUCGAACAUCACGUAAUAAAACUAGCGAAAAAAUAUUUCUAUGACGGAACAUUGACGCUCAUUCCGGACCACUUUUUUCAGUGUUUCUCGUUCGCUUUUUUGUACUGCGCAGACACUGGUUUCUUAAACGACCUCUUAGUCGCUUUUCGCGAGAAUAAUGUUCAGAUGGGAAUGACCUCGUGCAUGAAAAUGUCACAAGCGCUCCAUCUAUUGGGUGACGUCAGAAACGUAAUCUUAAAAAAAGAAUCGAUAGAGGAGGUGAAGAAUAUUUUGAAUAAGGUCACUGAAAGAAUUUAUACGUACAAUAAAAGAUCGAACACGAAAAAUUUAUUAAUUAAAAGCGCGGUGUUGAGAGAUGAUUACGAAACAGAACUUAUAACUGACAUAUUAGAGUCUAUGAAAGAUAUUGAUUGUAUGUCUUCGAAGGUCCUGGAAGGCAUAUGUUUUAACCUGUAUUCGACUGACUCUUUGAUACCCGAAGCUAUUAAUAAAUGUACGGAUUACGUGAUACAGAAUAAUAGAAGUAUCUUAGGGUUCAACGCUGAAAAGCUGCUCAAUGUUUGUUACUACUUGAAUUAUUAUCCGAUUUAUGCGGAUAAAUUAUUUCCUAUAGUUACCGACAUUAUUAUAAGGGACCAGGAGAGAGCUAGUGGAUUAUCUUUUUUGCAAGCAGCAUUAGCGUUAAGCUACUUUAAUUGUAUGCCAAAGAGUUUUGUGAAGCAAAUUUUUAAUGUCGAGUUUCUGGAUAGGUUGGACGUGGAACUUAGGAAUUGUUAUUUUAAGGAUACCUAUCCAUAUAGAGUCAGAUAUAUCCUAAUGCAGUUGAAUAGAGUAAUGUGUUUGGAAAAUCCCGAGUACAAUAUUCCAUGGUUUCAUCAAAAAAUUAUUGACGAGUACCAAAAAACAUAUGCUAUAGAUGACGUAUCCAAUAGAUGUCAUUUGAAGUUAAGGGAAUAUAUGCUUAAUGUUGUACCCAAGGAAUACGUUUCAGAAAAUGUUAGCGUACCAUAUGGCUACAGAAUAAAUUUUGUGAUUCAUUUAGACCAGAAUAAUAGACCUACAGUGAAUGUUGAUGAUCCAAGGACAAUUAAAUUGGCAAUAUUGGUUAAGUAUCCUCGGUCAUAUACUAGGUUUUCUGUCCAGUUGAAAGGCCAGGACGAAUUGAAGAAUAGGCAUUUGGAGAUUUUAGGUUACAAAGUGAAAAUUAUAAAAUGGGAGGAAUUCAAAAAUCUUCUGUAUGCCGGCGAAAGAAUAGAAUUUAUUAAUAAUGUUAUUUAUUCAUGACACAAAGACCCUCUAAACAUUUUGUUUAGAGGUCUUUAAUAAAUUGUUAGAUAUUUUAA